UGAAUACUGGACAUGGGCGCCAGAGAUCAAGAGCGGCGGCGCUGCGGCUGACCCGGGACGACGGGAGGAAGGAAGGGUCAUAUUGGUGUCAUUAUUUCAGCGCUGUUCAUGUGGUGGCGAUGCCUCAGGGGAAGGGGAAACGAACAUCGGAUAAGAUACAUGCAGUUUUUCCAGAUGACUUAGAUCAUGGUGGCAAAAAAUCCUCAACAAAGCAAAACUUGAUGCCCCAGUCCCUCAGUAAAGCAUGGAUGCGAUGUGCUGAGGGAUUUGAUGGAUGUCAGGCAGAAAAGUCCUCCAGAUCAUCUGAAAGAAAAUCCCGAAGUGUUCAGCUCGUAGCCCACUCAGUUGUGUUUGAUGAAGAAACUUCAGCAGAUGAAAGUCUGAAAGAUCCUGCUGAUAUAGUGUGGAGUUCCAGUGAUAAUGAAUGGUCAGAUGAUGGCAGCAAUAAGACUUCACAGCCUGAUAUUGCAGAUGUAUCCCCGCACAGUGCGAGCAAAUCACAAGAUAUAGAGGUGUCUUUAUCCAAUGACCGAUCAAGCAGUGGUGACGUCCCUCAUAUUACUGACUGGCAAGAAGACAGUGACGCGGAGUGUGGUCAGGAAGAGGGCAAUGUGUCUGAAGCAGCUGAGAGUGAGGUGGAGAUUUCUGACUCUGAGUCAGUGUCCAGUGACCAGAGACAGAGUGACGUAGAAGCUUUGAAAGAAGAAAAUGAUCGUUACAAACAUGCUGCUGGCUACUCUAAGGCUGUGGAUAUUAUUGAAUAUUCUUCUGAUGAUCCUCCUGAUGAACCUACUAUUCCAGUUACCAGGGCAGAGGAUAGUAGGCCAGUAGGUGAUGAAAAUGGCAUGCACUCUUGUGGGAAAUCAGCAAGUGAUUGGUUGAAAACUGCACAGGUUCUGCUCCAAACACCAGAAAAGAAAGCAGAUGUGAACUUUAAGACUCCAGAGGACUCUGCCAAGAAGAAAAAACGUUUUCUUAGGGGAGGCCUAGCUGAAAGGCUGAAUCGCCUGCAUAACAGAGAGAGGUCUGCCAUUACUUUUUGGAGGCAUCAGCGAGAGUCUGAUUGCAAAAUACCUUUAGGUGAUAAAUCGGGUACACUCAUUUUAAAGAUAUUGGAGGUUCAUGAGGAGUGCUCCAUGCAGGUUGCUCUUUGUGAACAAUUGACAGACAUUCAGGAUGAUGGUAACAGUUCCUCUAAAUAUACCACAAAGCUAAAAGCUCUGUUCACUAAGCAUACGGCUGCACAGCUCAGACUGGGACCAAACGUUAUCAUUCACAUGUAUCCACCUUGGCAAAAGCUUAAUCCCCAGGGCCAGAAUACAUCAGUCGUUAUAAACACAUGUUUCAGUCAAAGGAUUAUAACAAACCCAGUGGAGGGCAUGGAAAGUAAAGCACACUGUUCAAGUAUGAUGGCUGUGAAAAAACAACUGGUACCUUUAUCUUUAACUUUGAGAAUGGAUUUUGGCAAACUUGGUGUCUGUUUUGACAAACAGCAGGUUUCGGGUAUCAGCAGCCGUAUUCAAAGUCCUGUCAGUAUUCAAGACAAGGAAUUCACAUCAAACAUCACUGUAAAUGAUUCUCUUCUGGAUCUAGUGGAGACCCAGGGGGCCGCUGGUUGGAAAGAUGCCUACAUACAUGUGGUUGUUCAGCGUGUAUAUCAUCUUACAUCAAAGGAUGCGCCAUGCUCUCUUUUACAGACGAAAAACAUUAAAACCAGCGCUGAUACUUCUGCAAACUCACAAAGGCCAGAUUGCAGAAUGGGACUUCUCAUUCAAGACGCUUAUGGAAUUUUCAGUGAGCUCCAAAUUCAGUUUGUAAACACAGCUCUUGAAGACAUGAAGGAAUACUGCCAAAAACUGGAAGGCAAGGCAUGCCGUCUCUUGGGAAUAAAGGUCUUGCAAAGAGUCACUCGUGGAAGGGCUCCAGGGCUAUUCAGUCUUAUUGAUAGUUUAUGGCCCCCUUUGGCACCAAUAAAAAUCCAUGGUCAAAGUCAAGAUCAAACACAGGUACCAGAAAACCUUCCGGCUCCCAGCUUCUGUUAUAUUCUUGCUAUGCGUCAUGAAAAGGGCGGUGACAAUAUAAAGCUGGAAAAUGCCACCACAGAUCUGUACCUGCCACCUGUGGUUCACAGUCUGGAAGAAAUCCUGCAGAUGGAGGCUUUGAGCCAGCGAUGCAGCUUUUGGGCAACAGUGAUAUAUGUGAAGCCAGAGAUACAAAGUAGCAUUCCACUGCAGAAAGAGUUACGGCUGUAUGUGACAGACACUACUCUCCAAGUGCCAUCUGAGACCUCUAUAAAUCCUAGAAUCCUGACAGUUUGUGUUUUGCCAUCUUGUGCACUGGACAACACACUGUAUGACAAUUUUUCAAAGAAGUUAAUUUGCAUAGUAUUUUUCAAGGAUGCAGUGAAAGAAAACGGCGGGAUAAUUUGUGUUGAAUGCACAGUUCUCUCAUUACAAAAGCCCCUUUUAUCCGGCACUUCUGCCAUUAGCGAGCUGACUGGCCCUGUCAGACUAGAUGAACUGGAUUCUUCAACUGAGGCUAAUGCACUCUGCACCGUGAAAGGGAUAAUUAUUGGAGUGAAUGAGAGAGAAUCUUACUCUUGGCCUGUGUGUAACCUAUGUGGAAGCAAUAAACUGCGACCAUUGACCCAAAAAAGAUGCCCAUUUUACUGUUGUCAGUGCAGUUCAGAUGUAAGCUCUCCAGUUAUUAGGAUGCAAUUGGAAGUAUUUGUUCAAUGUCAAGCAAGGCCACAAUGUAAAGUGAGAUUAAAGCUACGUGAAGAGACCAUUUCUUCUAUUUUGGGUUCUUUCUCCAGUAAGGAUGGGCGCUACGAGGUGAAUACUGUCCUGGGGAAGGAGCUGGGUCCAGUCCACUGCCACGUCCACUGUGUGGCCAGCAUUGUGAGCCUAGAGGAGAUCAGUCUUCUGCAAGCUGCAUCCAGUGGAGAUCAAUGACCAGUGGACCUUGCCAUGUGGUUACCUGCGCCUGGACUGAGGAAGAGUCUCUGAUUUUAUGUACAUGUAAAUUAAAGCCAUUUUCCUGUCA